UUUGAAUUUGGUGGCGGCGGUCGCACGUCCGGUUGGCCGCGGAGCCGCUCCCUCUCAGCUGGAGCGGCGAGGUUUUUCAGCCCUUGUUUCUCGACCUGCAGCCUCCACCGAAGCGCCAUGGCUCCGUCUAGGAAGGGCAGCAAUCGGGUAGCCAAGACUAACUCGCUACGAAGCCGGAAGCUCGCCUCCUUUCUUAAGGACUUCGACCGUGAAGUGCAAAUACGAUCCAAGCAAAUUCAGUCAGACAGGCAGAACCUCCUCAAGGAGUUGGAUAACCUGUACAACAUCGAGAUCCUGCGGCUGCCCAAGGCGCUGCGCGAGAUGAACUGGCUCGACUACUUCGCUCUUGGAGGAAACAAGCAGGCCCUGGAAGAGGCAGCAACAGCUGACCUGGAUAUCACAGAAAUAAACAAACUAACAGCAGAAGCUAUUCAGACACCCCUGAAAUCUGCCAAAACACGGAAGGUAAUACAAGUGGAUGAAAUGAUAGUGGAAGAAGAAGAGGAAGAAAAUAAAAAUAAGAAUCUUCAAACUGCAAGAGUCAAAAGGUGUCCUCCAUCCAAGAAGAGAACCCAGUCCGUACAAGGAAAAGGCAAAAGCAAAAGGUCGAGCCAUUAUAACACUGUUACCCCAGCUGUGGGCCGACUGGAGUUAUCUCUGGUGAAACCUACUCCAGGCUUGACGCCCAGGUUUGACUCCAGGGUCUUCAAGACCCCAGGCCUACGUACUCCAGCAGCCAGAGAGCGGAUUUACAAUAUCUCGGUGAAUGGUAGCCCUCUUGCCGACAGCAAAGAGAUCUUCCUCACUGUGCCAGUGGGAGGCGGAGAGAGCAUGCGAUUAUUGGCCAGUGACUUGCAGAAGGUCGAUAUCGCACAACUGGACCCAGAGGCCUUGGGAAACAUUAAGAAGCUCUCCAGCCGUCUUGCCCAAAUCUGCAGCAGCAUACGGACUCACAAGUGAGGCUGCUCUUCCAAGAAGCUAAACUUGACAGGAUGGACCUUCAAUGGGCACUUCUGGGACCCUGAAGAGACCUCUUCCCUUCAGCCUUAUUGUUUGUUUGAGUGUGAAGUUCCAGAGCAGGGAGUGGUGUCCCUCUUGGAGAAUUUGGGAAGCGAGGAGACACACUGUUCCCCCAUCAGUUAGAGAAAGCCAUGUUAUUCACGCUUCCCAACCCAGGUGACAAAGACACUGCCUGCUGCGUCCAUGCAGUCAGAACUUCCUGUC